CCUGUCAGUCAAACAGAACACGAACCAAGACAUGGUUUCCGACUACAGGAGAAAACAAGGGCACUGGGCUGGAUAAUUACCCAGCCGUGAGGAUGCUGAGAGGCGCAGCCCUCCUCUGCCUUUCACCGCGACUCAACUCUGGAUGCCAUCGGAUCGCUUUUAUUAAGAUGCAUCAUUUGAUCUCUCUGCACCUGAAUGCGCGUGCUUUAAUUUGAUUUCAAAUGGCGUAAAUCUAGAUUAGAAUGAGGAUGCUAAACAACUCUCAUCUGCUCUGCAGAAUCCGAUUAAGUGACAUUAACGGGUUGUAUUGACAGAUUAGUGGUAUUAUAAGUGCUCGAUCAAAUAUAAACGCUCGAUCAAAUAUUGGUGCAUCAUUUAACGCGUUUGCAAAUCAGAUUCGUCUCGCAGGCAUCGAGCCAGGUAAACCAGCACCAUGUUGACCAGCAUCACCGAGAGCAUCUUCUGCUGCCUGAUGGGAAAGACGACCAGCGUCGUGUUGCCAGUUGAAUCAUCCGACGGCAAGCCGGCUGACGGCUUCGAGUUUGUGGAGGUGAAGCCGGGUCGUGUCCUGCGUGUGCGCCACAUUCUCCCCGAACGACCUGCUACGACAGAAUCUCAACCAGAAGCGGGCAGCAGCGUCCACUGUAAGCGCAAGAUCACGGUGUACCGCAACGGCCAGCUGGUGAUCGAGAACCUGGGUGACGUUCUUCACUCCGAAAUCCUACAGUGCCAGAACGGAGACGUGGAACAGUGCAGUACAGUGGAGGUGGAGUUGUCCGAUUACACCACCGCGCCCUCGUCCCCCGAUCCCAAACCCGCUCCGCCUCUUCCCACCUCAGACCAGCAGAAACCGGCUCCUCCUCCCAGACGCCGGCGACGGAAACCCAAGCGCACCGUGCUGAUCGAUACGGAGCGCUGCAUCAGCAGCUGUAAAGGGACGCAUUUGGACGUGGCGCUGUUCUUCAUCCACGGCGUGGGCGGUUCGCUGGAUAUCUGGGGGAGUCAGCUGGAUUUCUUUUCGCGGUUGGGUUAUGAGGUCAUCGCACCAGAUUUGGCGGGACACGGCGCCAGCACUGCCCCUCAGAUAGCGGCCGCGUACACCUUCUACGCCCUCGCCGAGGACCUGCGUGCUAUAUUUAAGAGAUACGCGAGAAAACGGAACAUCCUCAUCGGUCACUCAUAUGGGGUGUCGUUCUGUACAUUCCUGGCACACGAAUAUCCGGAGCAGGUGCAUAAGGUUGUGAUGAUCAAUGGAGGCGGCCCCACGGCGCUGGAGCCCAGCCUGUGCUCCAUCUUCCAGCUGCCCUCCUGCGUCCUGCACUGUCUGUCUCCGUGCCUGGCCUGGAGCUUCCUCAAAGCUGGUUUUGCCAGGCAGGGGGCUAAAGAGAAGCAGCUUCUGAAAGAGGGAAACGCUUUUAACGUGUCGCCAUUCGUUCUGCGAGCAAUGAUGAGCGGUCAGUACUGGCCGGAGGGGGAUGAAGUUUACCACGCCGAGCUGACUGUACCUAUACUGCUGGUGCACGGCAUGUACGACAAGUUUGUGCCGAUCGAUGAGGAUCAGCGGAUGGCAGAGAUCCUCUUGUUUGCGUUCUUGAAAGUGAUCGAGGAAGGCAGUCACAUGGUGAUGAUGGAGUGUCCCGAGACGGUCAACACGCUCCUGCACGAGUUCUUCCUCUGGGAACCUGACAGUUCCAAAAAGGACACGGUUACCACGGUAACAGCCGGCCAGACCACAGCCGAUGAUGCCACGCCCGUCCAGACGCUCGUCGUCGCCAACGGCGGCAGCACAGGGACACCCAAGGUCAACAAGCCCCUUAACAAGUAACCUGAUGAUUGACGUUUUCGGGGUAAACCAAUCAGAAGGCUGUUGAUGGCAGGCUGUCAAACCGUCACCUUGGCUGAGAGCUGGAUUUUGGUCAGAGGGCCCAAGCUGGUGUCAAGACGGGGAUGAGAAAGAUUCACAGGUUCGAAGAGACUCUCUAGCGAUGAGGGAAAAGCAGCAGCUGGUUUGAAACCAACAAUGGUGGUUUAUGACAUCACAACGCCUUUGUUUCUCUCCGCUACCUUUGGACAUUAUCUUUCCUUCUUGUGCUGUCUAAAGAUAAAGGACUGGACGUCUGUCCAGAGGAUGGAGGUCCGGAUGGGACUGAACUACGAGAAAGAGGAGAAGUCGCUGAGGUUGCUUUUAAAAAAGUGUGAUUCAACCCAAGAGAGUGUCUAAAGUCAACAUGAAAUGCAUUUACUUUCAUAAUAUGACAAAUUGGGCACCACAAGUACAAGAAGUACAAGUACAAUUUACUUUUAAAUAAUGAGCACUAAUAAAUUGUGCACAACAUGGUUGUUUUCAUGUUGACUUUAAAGGACGUUUGUAUAAAAUCUGUGUUCACGUCACACUAGUACUAACACAUUUUAACGUCUUCCCUCAUAAAUCAAAUCCACCGCUUGGAGUUCAAAAGCGAUUGAAAACAGAUGUACUGUAUGAAAUAAUCCCAUCUUAAAAAGAUAAGGUACUGUAAGCGAACACACACCAUCUACACGUUUUACUUGAAACAAAUCGUCUGAAAACAAAACAACAGAUGAAGGAUAAGGAAAAACAUCGACCGCCACAUUGAGAAAUUUCAUGCACUUGUUCGUCUCCUAGCAACUAGAAAGUCGGGCAUUAGAGCAAAUGCACGACAAGAGAGAGAAAGAGAGAGAAAUAAUGAUGCUGCCGACCACACGGUGCUGAGGAAAAACAGGAUAUAAGCUACAUUUAUACAGAGCGGAUUGCAUUUAAAUCUGAAUUUAUUAUUGAAAUGAUAUUAUGAAUAUCUAGUCAUCAGGUUGAUCCAAUCAUGUGCAAUUAUGCUCUACUGUAUGAGGACAGUCUGUCUGUCUAUGCAAAGAAUAACGGGUGGCUUCUGCACGCAUGCGGCCGGUUACCAUGACAACAGGUAGUCAAAGGCAAAAUGGAUCAAGGAGGCGGUCUGGACCGUCUAACACGCCAUCACUGGAGAUAAUAACACACAAAAACAUCAUGAGAUCUCUGCAGGCUCCUCACGUUUAUGCAAUGAAACCGGUCAAUUAUCAUGUUUCAGAGCAGAUCAAUUGGAGAAACUGUUUUCUAACUAAUAAUUAAUAACUUGACAAGAAAGGCUGCUUUCAUGUACAUUACCGUUCAAAAGAGUCAGUAAGGUUUUAUUUUUAAAGAAAAAAUAAAUACUUUUAUUCAGCGAGGAUGCAUUAAAUUGAUCAAAAGUGACAGUAAAGACAUUUAUAAUGUUACAAAAUAUUCUAAAUAUUCAAACGCUGCUCUUUAAAACUUUCGAUUCAAAGAAUCUUGAAAAAUAAAAUGUAUCAGUUUCCACAAAGCAUAAACAUUAAGCUGUAACUAUUUUCAACAUUGAUAAUAAUCAGCAAAUCAGCAUAUUAGCAUGAUUUCUGAAGGAUCAUGUGACACCGAAGACUGGAGUAAUGAUGCUGAAAAUUCAGCUUUGCAUCACAGAAAUAAAUUACAUUUUGCAGUAUAUAACAAUAGAAAACAGUUAUUUUGAAUUAUAAUAUUAUUUCAUAAAUUUACAGUUUUUACUGCAUUUCUGAUCAAAUAAAUGCAGCCUUAGUGACUUUUAAAAAACAUUAAACUGUAAAUUCCCAUUUCAACAACAAUAAAAUACACAAACUUAAUUCUCACAAUUCAGCUACUAAUAACAACUAAACACACGUCAUUCAGGAAAGAAAAUUUACGCUUCUUUUGGAUGCUCCGAGAAGAAAUGUAGACCUUUAUUUAUUUUACACACUUGCUGUGUGACUGAUAGAAGAAUUUAAGAUAUCUAAAGUCAAAAUUGUGGACUGAAUUGCAGAUGAAUGAGUUUGUCUACAUCUGAAAGCCAGUGUUUAAUAUCAAUCCCAGUGUAACCAGAGAGAACGUCGUCUUAUUACAAACUAAAUUAGACUACUUAAGCCCUGUGGGCGGCAUCUGUGGCCUGCUGUCAUUUAGCACAAAUAAUGUCAUCCCUCAUUUUGUAAAAACAAGCCUAAAAAUGCAUUUUUAGUGAUGCACUUACUGUAUAAUCCAAGUCUGUGGAGUGUCACUGGAUUUUACAUGAUCAGAAAAACAGAAAAGCCACACUAUUAACAUGUGUGAUGUUUAAUUCGUGACUGUAUGUACAAAAGUGUAUAUUUUAGCGUUUAUCCCAGUGCAGACUUGUGUUACUGUACAUGCAUUGUUCCUUGUUUUUGCAAAAACUAUACGAUAAACAAUUCCACAGAUGUUGCUCAUUCAGCUUAAGCUGCAUCAAACCCAAUAUAUUUAUUUAAACGUUACUUGCAUUUACAACAUCAUUGUAAUGCAGUGCAGACUGACUUGCGCACGAUAUGAAUUUUAUUGCAGCCACUCCUGUGAAUUAGAAAACAAAAACCACUGUGUUUUUGACAAUAACUGUACUGCCUAAACCUUUUUAUUUUUUAGUAUUUGAUUAGUGUGAAUGAGCAGUAUAUGUUUCCCUUUUGGAUUUUUGUCAUAUCUGGCUUUAUCGAAAGGUUGGAUUGCUUCUGUGACAUUUGAUUGGAGGAAAGGAUCGAUGACAUUUUUUUAAGAGGAUUUGUAGCUGUGGUUUUAACAUCAUAGGGAAAAUAUACAGUAUCCCAAAGAUUUCAUGUUUGCUGAGCAUCUCUAUGUAGGAUUGGCCAAAAAAAAAAAUUCCGCAGAGACUCUGUAAGGCCAGUAUGUAACCACCUAGCAACCAUGCAAAACACUCUAGCAACUAUGUAGCAACAUUUGAAAAACUUAGAACUCUCAGAGCAAUCGCAUAGCAACGCCCCUGACAACCACUUAUGUUGAGUUUACAAUGUAUCAGUUGCGUAACAUUCUAGGUGUUUCUGAAAACAAAAAGGACGGAUUUGACAUUUUAAAUUCCUUGUUUCUAAUUCACAGAUGGGAGCAAUAACGCCUUUCUAUGCUCACGGUUGUUCUGGCUUUUUCUCUGAACGCCUGGGAGUGUGCUUUCUGGAGAGACGAGAAACAAUAAAAUGAAAUACAAUAAACUGGCCAAUACUGUUAAAAAAAAAAACUGCCAAAGGGAGUGAAAAUGAGACAAAUGGACUAAUAUUUUCGGAGCGUGUGAGUGAAGUGGGUUUGGGGGAGAUUAAUGUUAUCUAUAGACACUGAA